UGAACGCACGCGAGCGCGCGCACACACACACACACACACACUGAGAGCGAGAGCGAGAUAGAGAGAUAUGACAUUCUGAGUUCUGAAGAGCCUUUGAGGAGGAUGCUUGAGCGUGAUGCCGCCGUGACCGCGCGCGCACGAGCGUGCGUGUUUGUGUGUGUGUAUAUGUGUGUGUGUGUCACCCUGACCGUGUGUGUGGGUUGACUGAGCCUAGUGUGUUAUAGAAAGUCUUGGCACCAGUGUGGAAGCUCUCAGUCUGCAGAGGCUGCAUGAAAGCGCAGUGCCUUCUGCUACAUCUCAUAAGGUCAAAGCCACGUCCAGGAUGAGGACCUACAGCUAAAGCAGCCCUCCAAUUAAAGUGAAAAAGAAUACACAAUGCCUUACCCUGAUCUUCUCCCUCCUGCCCCACCUCCUGCCAUCCUAAACUGCUCCUCGCUCAAUUGUACGCUUGCCAACUUUUCAGCAUUUCAUGGUGAUGAGUGCCAAGCUGACAAGCCCUUAUUUGUGACCCUUGCUGUAGCCUACUCUGCUGUAGCCUUGCUGGGAGUGACUGGCAAUUUGGCAUUGAUUGUUCUGAUCUGGCGCCAACGUGAACUCUCGAACGCAACUAGCGUGCUUAUUGCUAACCUGUCAGCCUCUGACUUGCUGAUGGCAUUUGUUUGCCUGCCGUUCACAUUUGCCUACACGUUUAUGGACCAUUGGGCAUUUGGUGGUGCCAUGUGCAAGAUCAACAGCCUAGCGCAGUGCACCUCUGUCUCAGUCUCCAUCUUUUCCCUCGUGCUCAUUGCCGUCGAGCGCCACCAGCUGAUCGUGCGACCACGUGGCUGGAGACCCAGCGCAUUCCAUGCCUGCGUGGGUGUUGGCUUCACCUGGGGUGUGGCUCUACUCACUGCCAUGCCUUUUCUAAUCUUCUCCAUUACCACUGAUGCACCCCUGCAGCAGCUGCCUGCCUUUUUGCGUGAGCACUACCGAGGCAAGGUGGUGUGUAUAGAGCAGUGGCCUUCACGCCAGUUCAAGCUUGCCUACACAACCACCAUGUUGCUGCUGCAGUAUGUGGCACCCCUGGCCUUCAUCUUCAUUUGCUACCUGAAGAUCUACGUUCGCCUGAGGCAGCGGAAGAGCGUGAUGGAGCGAAUGCGUGAGAACAAAUACCGCAGCCACGAGACAAAGCGCAUCAACGUCAUGCUGUUCUCCAUCGUGGUGGCCUUUGCGAUCUGCUGGCUGCCGCUCAACGUCUUCAACGCCAUCUCCGACUGGAACCAUGAGGCCACCAUGAACUGCACCCACAAUCCCCUGUUCUUGCUGUGCCAUCUGACCGCCAUGUGCUCCAUCUGCAUCAAUCCCAUCUUCUACGGCUUCCUGAACCGCAACUUCCAGCGCGACCUGCAGUCUUUCCGGCUCUGCAAGAGACUUUCGACGAGAGAGGAAGAGUACGAUACCGUCGCCAUGUCCACCAUACAUAGUGACCUGUCCAAGACAUCUCUGAAACUUAUCUAGGAGAAGCACUCGAGGUGUGGUGGCUACGGUCGUUCGGGUCCUGAAACAAAGGGACGAGGUGUGAGAAUGCAUUUGUGUUAUUUGACAAUCAUCAUCAACAGGAAGAUCGACAAAAAACAGUGUUUGCUGGAAUCUGGAGAUACCAGAGGGUUCACUGGGACAGGUUAGAACUUUAAGUGAGUAGUUUGCGCCUCCCGGUGCUUUCUGCCUCUGAAAACAAAUUCAAGAUAAAGCACUCUCCUAGAAGACCUAGAAGAAUUUAUGGGAAUUUCUGGUAAAAAACCAACGUUGGUUUGAAUGUCCGUCUUCUAUGAACGCUCCAAAUAUAGGAGGAAAAUCACUUUUACUGGAUUUUACUGAACAACAUCUGGUUACAAGGGUACUGAGUUUUAUUGCAGACUGUACAUUAGUUUACAUGGAAUUUUAUAUUUCUUUUCUUUUUUCUUUUUCUUUUUUAAUACCAAUAUUGGUUUAUCCAAAUCACCACAACACAGUUACCAUAGAGUAGCACUUUUGUUAUACACUUAUGAAUGUUACUGGUUUGUAUUUAUUGAUAACGGUUUUAAUCGAUUUAGAAUAAAAAAAAAAUAUAUAUAUAUAUAUAUAUAUGUUAGAUUUAGAAAGACAGAUGAUUGUAAAAACAAAACAAAACAAACAAAAAAAAGAGUUGUACUUUGUAUUUGUCUAUUGUGACCAGCUAUGAAUGUAAAUGCCAUGCGUUUGGUACUGUAAUUGCUUAGAAAUGCGACAAUAACAUUAUUUAGAGCGUUGUGGUUCAGAGUAAUUUAAUAUUCUGGAGUUAUUCAUUUGUGUAAUUAUGCUACUUACCGAGAUGUUUUAUACACACUCACUGGUGACUAAUGCUAGGAGGAUUCUGCUUUGCUCUCUCAACGGCUUUAGUUCUUUGUGGCAUUUGGUCGAGGGGGAUAUGAAGAAGAAAGCAGCUCUUAAAUCCUAAAGGUGCUCUAGUGAGUUCAGAUCUAGUGGCUGUGUCAUGUUCAUGGAACUAGUUUGGGUAAAGUGUUAGCUCAGAUGGACUAAUAAUUGGAAGGUUGUGUGUUUAAAUCAUACCACUGCCAAGCUGCUACUCCUGAGCCCUUGAGCCCUUAAUUGCUUAUUGAAGUUGCCCUGGAUCUGCUAAAUGACGUAAAUGACGUAAAGAUAAAUAUUUGAGAAGACUUGUCAUUGUCAUUUAAGACAUGGUGCAUUAUCAUGCUGUAAGAAGCCAUUAGAUGAUAAGAUGUUACACUAAAUUGCCAAAAGUUUUGGGACACCUGCAUUCCCAUGCACGUGAAUGUAAUAUAGAGUUAACUCGCCCUUUGCAGCUAUAACAGCUUCAACUUUUCUGGGAAGGCUUUCCACAAGGAUUUGCAGUGUGUUUAUGGGAAUUUUUGACCAUUCCUCUAGAAGCGCAUUUGUGAGGUCAGGCACUGAUGUUGGACGAGAAAGCCUGGCUCGUCUGGAGUCUCUGCUCUAAUUCAUCCUAAAGGUGUUCUAUCAGGUUGAGGGUAAGGACAGUCAAAUUCCUCCACACCAAACUCGCUUAUCCCCAAACUGUUCCCACAAAGUUGGGAGCAUGAAAUUGUCCAAAAUGUUUUGGUAUGAAGCUGAAGCAUUAAGAGUUCCUUUCACUGGAAGUAAGGGGCCAACCCCUGAAAAACAACACCUGAAUUCAGUGAUUCUGGGGGGGUGUCCCAAAACCUUUGACAAUAUAGUGUAAAUACAGGAUGUAGCACUUAAAGGAAACACCAUUGGUAUAACAAGCCUGACUAUAACUAUGCCAGGAGAACAUUCCUUAUACCAUUACACCACCAGCAGCAGCAGCCUGAACUGUUAAUACGAGGCAGGUGGUUGGAUUCAGGCUGAUUAUAUCAGGCAGAUAUGAAACUUUAUGUGCAGUUUCUCUGAGAUGCUUCUCUGCUCACGCAGUUGUAACGAGUGGUUGUUUGAGUUACCAUCCUGACAACUGCUGCUCAGUUUUUUCUGAUACCUUUCAAUCUAUAGAAAGUACUCCAAGAAAAUCCUAGGAAAUCAGUAGACCAAUCUGGCACCAAUGUUUGAUAUGAACUUGAACUAAAGCUCCUGACCUGUCUCAGCAUGAGCGCUGCUUCCGCUACACGAUUGGCUGAUUGGAUAUUUGCAUAAAUAAGCAGGUUCCUAAUAAAGUGGCCAGUGAGUGUGUAUUUCUUACAUAGGACCAUAUUCAGGUAACCAGAGGUCUAGUGAAUUUAGAUUCCAAUACUAUUUAUUUAAGAUUAGUCUCAAACAAUACCAAUAAUCCGUGUAUUUCAGGCUUCUGAUGUAAGUAAGUAUUUAUUGUGCAUUUGGUGAAUUCCGGUGUGUGAAAUCGCGUCUUUCUGUUUCUGUUGUCUGUUUUUUCUUUUAUAAAUUUAUUAAAAAACAGUUAAUUGGAUAGCACCAAUUAUAGAAGAAUAUUUUCGGCGAUGUUUUAAAGGCUAAUAAGCUAAAUUAGGGAGUGUUUUAAACUUGCCACAAGAGCUCAGUGCCACGUUUUUUCCAACGUGCCACAACACGGGUAGACACAUCGUGUGUGUGUGUGUGUGUGUGCGUGUGUGUGUGUGUGUUAGUUUUUGACAUUAAAUGCUUCUUCGUUUCGUACACGCGCAUGCAAGGUGGGGUCGGCUGGUCUGGAGAAGGGUGAUGUUAUUUUUAGGCCCAGAAAUUAACAGAGAUUAAGAGAUUAAAUCUGUGGCUUAGAGCUUGAUUUGAUUAAAAUAUUUCCUAAUUAGCCGCAAUUUGUCUAAUUAUGUCUCCAUGCAAGAUCGUAGGAUAUCCAAACAUUAGAAAACACUAUUAGAAAAGGCUGUGUCAAAGUUCGGAAAGGAAGUGAAGGAGAGUGGUGCAGUUCAUUCUCAUCUCGUGUCCAGAGUUAUUUUUUCUAUGGUGCCGUUUAGUAGCUUAUACUCCAGUGUAGAUGUCCUCUGGACCAUACACCGAUCAGGCAUAAUAUUAUGACUCCCGAGAGGUGCCGUGAAUAAGACUGAUGAUCUCCUCAUCAUGGCACCUGUUAGUGGGUGGGAUAUAUUAGGCAGCAAGUGAACAUUUUGUCCUCAAAGUUGAUGUGUUAGAAGCAGGAAAAAUGGACAAGCGUAAGGAUUUGAGGGAGUUUGAUGAAUUGUGAUGGCUAGACGCCUGGAUCAGAGCAUCUCCAAAACUGCAGCUCUUGUGGGGUGUUCCCGGUCUGCAGUGGUCAGUAUUUAUAAAAAAUGGUCCAAGGAAGGAACAGUGGUGAACCGGCGACAGGGUCAUGGGCGGCCAAGGCUCAUUAAUGCACGUGGGGAGCGAAGGAUGACUCAUGUGAUCCGAUCCAACAGAUGAGCUACUGUUGCUCAAAUUGCUGAAGAAGUUAAUGCUGGUUCUGAUAGAAAGGUGUCACAAUGCAGGACGGGUCAGGGCUGUUUUGGCAGCAAAAGAGGGACCAACACAAUAUUAGGCAGGUGGUCAUAAUGUUAUGCUUGAUAGGUGUUUAAUGAUGUUUUCUGGAUAUUUGAACCAUAUUGAUUAUAUAAGUCUCAAUAUUAUGUUACUGAUAUCACUCAUUGUGUCACAUUCACACA